AGCAUUGCAUAAGAAAAACUCAAAAACGAAAGUAGAACGGUUGCACUGAGAUCCAUCUGAAAUUGCUCGUUUGUUUAUCAUUUACACCAGAAAUAAUGAGAGUUUCAUCAGAAAACGUUUUAUGAUGCAUUUUCUGCACUGUGUUUUGAUGCUCAUCUUCGUAAUAUCUGAUGAUACCCUGGGGUUCAGUGUUCGAGGUCCCUCUGGUCCUCUGGUGGUACCUCUGGGAGGUUCAGUCAUUUUGCCCUGUUAUGUUGAGAGGCCUUUAGCAGCAGAGAAAGUGAAAGUUGUGUGGAAAAGAACAGACUCAGAGGCUCUGGUUCAUCUGUAUCAAGAUGGUGAGAGUCGACCUGAGGCCCAGCAGCAGGAAUAUCAUGAUAGAGCUUAUUUCUUUACUGAUCAGAUCCAACAUGGAAACUUCUCCCUCCGUCUGGAAAAUGUGAGAGCUGAAGACAAAGGGGUUUACAGAUGUAAAGUUUACAGUCAACAGCUUGCUGACAAAACUUUAGUUGAAAUAAAAGAUGUUGAGCGUUUGCUAGUAUCAGGCUCAGAUGAGUCUGUAUCUGCAUAUGAUGGUGAGGACGUCACUCUGAACUGCUCUGUAGACUCUCACAUCAAACCUGAAGACAUGGAGGUUUCAUGGAAAAAAAGAGAUGAAGAUAUUCUGCUCUUCCAAAACAAUGAGACUUUCUCAGAUUCAUCAGAUGAGCGAGACAGAGACAGAGUUGAGUUCUUCACUGCUGAGAUCCCCAAAGGAAACUUCUCUCUCAGACUGAAGAGUGUCAGAACUGAGGAUAAAGGAGUUUACAUGUGUUUAGUGUUUGCUGGAGGACUUUCAGUGAACACAACUGUGGUACUGGUGCAACUGGGUUUCUCUUGGCUACACAUAACUGCGUUGAUUCUCUGUAUUGUUGCAUCUGGAUCUGCACUUCUCUCCUGGCUUGUUUACUCCAGAACAGGAAAUCAAGGCUUCAUUGUGCACGGUCCCGCUGGCCCUCUGGUUGCUCCUCUGGGAUCUUCAGUGGUUUUGCUCUGUUAUGUUGAUGAACUCUUACUAAUGGAGGAUCUGGAGGUGGAAUGGAGAAGAACAGACUCAGAGACUCUGGUUCAUCUGUAUCAAGAUGGUGAGAGUCGACCAGAGUCCCGGCAGCAGGAUUAUCAUGAUAGAGCUCAUUUCUUUACUGAUCAGAUUCAACAUGGAAACUUCUCCCUCCGUCUGGACAAUCUGACAGCUGAAGAUGAGGGACGAUACACAUGUAGAGUUUACAACAACUGGGUGACUAUUAUCACGGCCCUGCUAAAAUGUAGUGCCAGGUUCAUUGUGCAUGGUCCCGCUGGCCCUCUGGUUGCUCCUCUGGGAUCUUCAGUGGUUUUGCUCUGUUAUGUGGAUGAACUAUUACUAAUGGAGGAUCUGGAGGGGGAAUGGAGAAGAACAGACUCAGAGGCUCUGGUUCAUCUGUAUCAAGAUGGUGAGAGUCGACCAGAGGCCCAGCAGCAGGAUUAUUAUGAUAGAGCUUAUUUCUUUACUGAUCAGAUUCAACAUGGAAACUUCUCCCUCCGUCUGGACAAUCUGAGAGCUGAAGAUGAGGGACGAUACACAUGUAGAGUUUACAGUCAGCAGGAUUCUGGUGAGACUGAGGUUCAAAUAAAACAUGAGUGUUUGAUAGUAUCAGGAUCAGAUCGGUCUGUUUCUGCAUAUGAUGGUGAGGACGUCACUCUGAGCUGCUCUGUAGACUCUCACAUCAAACCUGAACACAUUGAAAAGGUUUUAUGGAGGAAAACAGAUGGAAAUAUUCUGGUUCUGCUCUACCAAAACAAUGAGACUUUACCAGAUUCAUCAGAUGAACAAUACAGAGACAGAGUUGAGUUCUUCACUGCUGAAAUCCCCAAAGGAAACUUCUCUCUCAGACUGAAGAGUGUCAGAACUGAGGAUAAAGGAGUUUACAUGUGUUUAGUGUUUGCUGGAGGACUUUCAGCCAAUGCAACUGCAGAACUGGAGCAAAUGGGUUUCUCUUCUUGGCACAUAGCUGUGUUAUUUUUCUGUUUUGCUGCUACAUCUGGAGCUGUGCUUCUGCUCUGCUCUCUGAACUACUACAGAUCAAAAAACACUGUCACCAGCAGCAUAAUCUGGAAUCUUCAGGUUUCUCUGGUCUUUUAUCCAAACAUCUGUAUGUUCUUUGCCUUCAUGCUUUGGGGCUUUACUGAAGGAUCUCUGCAUGAGACUGUCACCUGCUGUGCCCUUUAUAUUCUGAGACCUGAAAUGUUGAUUUGGGCUUUGCGCUAUUUAAAGUAUCUUCAAGGCAACCUUAAAUCAUGGAUCAGGUUUUUCAGAAUAACAAGAGAAUUUGCUAUUUUUACGGUCGUUGUUUAUUCAGUUCUUUUUACCUAUUGCUGGAGAAAGAGAGCACAUGAUACAGACUCCAAACAUCACAUAUUUUCUGCAGUAUUAUUUGGAAUUGUUGUGCUGAGUUGUCUCAUCUUGAGUAUAGUUGAUGUCUCAAGGUGUCCCAGUCAAGAGCGGCCAAGCAGGGCUUCCCAUGCAACCAAACUCAGUGUGAACACAAUUUUUUGCAAAUCAAAUCAAAUCAAAUUUUUAUACAUAAUGUCAACUGGGUGUAUUUUUAUGUCUGCACUUCUGCUAUUCGCUGAUGGCUUCAUUGUGCACGGUCCCGCUGGCCCUCUGGUUGCUCCUCUGGGAUCUUCAGUGGUUUUGCUCUGUUAUGUUGAUGAACUCUUACUAAUGGAGGAUCUGGAGGUGGAAUGGAGAAGAACAGACUCAGAGACUCUGGUUCAUCUGUAUCAAGAUGGUGAGAGUCGACCAGAGGCCCAGCAGCAGGAAUAUCAUGAUAGAGCUCAUUUCUUUACUGAUCAGAUUCAACAGGGAAACUUCUCCCUCCGUCUGGACAAUCUGAGAGCUGAAGAUGAGGGACGAUACACAUGUACAGUUUACAGUCAGCAGGAUUCUGGUGAAACUGUGGUUCAAAUAAAAGAUGCUGAGCGUUUGCUAGUAUCAGGAUCAGGUGAGUCUGUAACUGCGUCUGUGGGUGAGGGCGUCACUCUGAGCUGCUCUGUAGACUCUCACAUCAAACCUGAACACAUUGAGGUUUCAUGGCUAAGGACAGAUGGAGAUAUUCUGGUUCUGCUCUUCCAAAAGAAUGAGACUUUACCAGAUUCAUCAGAUGAACAAUACAGAGACAGAGUUGAGUUCUUCACUGCUGAAAUCCCCAAAGGAAACUUCUCUCUCAGACUGAAGAGUGUCAGAACUGAGGAUAAAGGAGUUUACAUGUGUUUAGUGUUUGCUGGAGAUCUUUCAGCCAAUGCAACUGUAGUACUGGAGCAAUUUGGUUUCUCUACUUUACACAUAAUAAUGUUAAUUUUCUGUAUUACUGCAUCUGGAUCUGCACUUCUGCUCUUCUGUUUGAUCUACUGCACAUCACAUAAUAAUGAUGUAGAGGUAGGACUUCAUCUGUUUCUAGUUUUCUGUCCAAAUAUUCGGAUGUUUCUUGCUUUUGUCCUCUGGGGCGUUUCUGAAGGAUCUUUGUUUGAGUCAGUCUCUUGUGUUCUUUAUUUUCUGAGGCCUCUCAUGGCGCUCUGGGCGGCUCCAUAUGUACACGAGUUCACAGGCAACAAUAAAACAUGGAUUUUGAAAUAUAGUUUUAGAGCAGAAUACAUAGUUUUCUCAGCUGUCUUUUAUUCAGUUCUGUUUAAAUAUGCCUGGGACAAAAGUAUAAGUUAUACCGGAUUUGAGAGUAUCGUGAUACCAGUCCUCUUUCUGGUAGUGCUUCUGCUUAACCUCCUCUAUAUUAUAUACUUGUUGGCUAGAUUCAUUAACAAAUUAAGUGAACGGAUACUUAUUAUAUUCGGUGUUCUGGUUGGUAUAAGCUUUAAUAUUCUACCUGCAUUUCAAUUCAUCCUCCUGUUCUUCACCUUUGGAUCUGGCAGAGGAGGAAUCCUUAUUGUUACAAUUUUACCAGUUUUACUAACAGCGACAAGAUAUGACUGGGGUCGUACAUGUGGGGAAAAGAUGAACUCAUGGUUAAUUCUCACGUUAGUGGUCAGUGCUGGAAUGGUCUUUUUUUACAUUAUAGCUCUGGAAAAUGAAAAAGAUCGUAUUGCAUGGGUCUGUAUGACUGCAUUUCUGCAAGUACUCUGGGCAGUUAUCAACUUCACACGCUCAUUUGAUUUUGCUCUUCACCGUGUUGUUCCUGUGUAUGUGUUUGGAUCAGUGGUUGUUGUUUUACUGAACUCUGUUACACUGAUGAUUGAACUGAUACUGAAUACAGUUAAUGGCGAUCGUUCAGUUGGAGAUCUGAGAAUCGUCGUCUUUUCCUCUGAAGGCCUCUUUGCUUUAUCUCUGCUGAGUUUACAAGUAUUUGAACCCUGGAUGAGAACAUGUCUGCAGUCACGUCAGAAUGCAGCAGGAUCUGAUGAAGCUCCAGCCAAUGAAUCAAACCAGAAACAGAACACAGCAGAAUCACAUGAAAUUAAUCCUUUACUGAAUCAAGAUCAGGAUGCUGGUAGGACAGAGGAAACUCAGCCUGAUUCAGUGGAAACACAAACAUCAUCAACAAGGAGAGAAAAAGACUCUUUAUCACACUGA